UGCCUGAAGUGAGACCGGGAGAGGAGCCUUCUCGUCACAGUAAAAAAAAAAAAAAAAAUGCAGGUGUUUCGUUUCCUUCCCGUUUUCUUUGGUGCGGUUUUGUUCGCCGCGAGUGUUAAUGGAGGAAGAGAGAAGAGAUACUUGUUUAUUAAUCCGGAAGCACCUAUUACACUCGGUUUUCUGUUGAACAUGCCCAUCUCCCUGGCCUUGCCCACCCUGGCUUCUGUGAACGGUCGCUCCCUGCAGUUCCUGAUGCCAGCAGAAGGAGAGGAGAUUCCCGAUGACCUGCUUUGGGAGCCUGCUUACGAGGAGCAGUUGGGUCGGCUUUCAGCCUACUUUGCUCAUCUCGAGCUUCCUACUCUGUCAUGUCAAGAACGACUUGUCUGUGAACUGGCCGCUGAUCCAGACAGCUUUUCGCCGAUCGGGGAGAUCUUCAUGAAGGAACUGAGGCUGACCCACGGCCCCGUAAAAACCACAUCAGACUCCCUCAUGUGGCGCUACAUCUCGGCCGCAAGAGAAGGGUUUGGGUCCGUCAGUGGGCAGUGUGCAGAGGCCUUCCCUGUCUGUCCGUACGCCCCGAACAGGAUUCUUAACAUGGCUGUUUUGAAAGUGUGGAAGUAUAUUUCCGAAAGAUUGAAUCUUCAGUUGGUAUGAGUUGGUCUUUUCUGAAAUGGGGUUUUGGGAUUUAUGAAGUAAUUUUGGAUGUCUUUUGAAUUUACUUUUUCAUUCGAUUUAUUGAAUAUUUUAAGCAUUAUUUUUGAUGUAUAGAGUAACAUUGGAAGUUUUUUUUUUUACAUUUGCAAAUUUUCAAUAUGUUUCCUAAUUGUUGCAAUUUAUAUAUAUAUAUAUAUAUAUAUAUAUAUAUAUAUAUAUAUUUGUUUGUUUUUGCACCCAGUGGGAUUCUAGACAAACCUGUUAAGUACUUUUCUAAUAUAUUGAAUCGUCAGUAGGUUUGUGAUGACUUUCCAAUAUAUUUUUCAUACUUUUGGAUAUUUUUAGAACUAGAUAAAAAAAAAAUCACA